CAGAUUUUUCCUUGAGGGGAAAGAGCUGAAGGCAAUAUUCAUUAAAAAAAAAAUUCAAAAUGUAAUAGAAGCUACACAAGUCCAUUGUUUUUGUCAAAGCAUGUUCCAACUUUUCUCGAUUUAGAGUGACUGUGACAUCACUAAGGUACAUAUGUUUGAAACAUGGUUCUAAAACAUCGUUGUCCAUACCUCUGCUGUUUUUAAUACUUCCAGUAGCAAUUUAGAAAGUCCUGUAUGGGCUGAAAGCUCCUCCCACAUUAAUACUUCCAAAUCUCAUUGGCGUCUUCUUUUUCCUUUUCUUUUCUUUCAUCAUCCUCCAUUAAUUGUUUCCACCCAUUCACUUUCCUUCUCAUACUCUCUCUCCCUCUCUCUCUCUCUCUCUCACACACACCCACUCCCACAUUCGGGACAGUCAGCACUACAAUGUGCUGCCAGUCUGUGAGCUGGAGAGACACUCAGGCGACAGACCGCAAAGCUUAAGGAAAAACCUGUUUUCUUCUUUUUUUUUGUUUUGUUUUCCUUAUCUCAUCAUAGAUUUGACCAACAAAGUUUGCAAUGCUUCCAUUCUACCUUUUGGCUCUAGCUGCCGCCAUCCAAGCCCACAAGGAGUUGCUGCCGGGAUCCUGCAACUUUGAAGCCAACACCUGCGGUUACAUGUCAGAUGCAGAUUUUAGCAGCUGGACCCUACACAAAGAUGGCCGUUUCAUCGCUGUUGAUGCCGCUUUGGAUGACGACCAGGACUUGGACAUACGUACAGAUGCCACGAGAGUCUUGUUGAGUCCGGUUCUGGAGCAGAGUGAGUGGAGCUGCAUGAGGUUGGUCUACCAGAUCAGCGGCACAGGAAGCCUGCAAGUCCUGCAGCGCACAGAGGGACGGAGCUUUGACAGGCUGCUGUGGAGCAGCCAAACGCCAUCAGACAGCUGGGUCAUUGCAAGCAUGGACCUGUACAACAGCACCGAGACCGCUCGGGUCGUUAUCGAAGGGAUACCUGGGAAGAAGGCUGGGAGCAGCGUGGCCAUUUUUGAGAUCCACAUAAAUCCCGGAUACUGCCUGGACUGCGACUUUGAGGAAUCUCACCUGUGCGGGUACAAUAACCAGUGGAAUGCUAAUGUGAACUGGUUCGUGGGUGGUGGUGGUGGAGGCCAGCUGCUUCACAACAAUCUGCCAGACGAUUACACACACAACAACAGCACAGGUCACUUUAUGUAUGUGGACUCCAUCUACUCCAAAACGUUUAAAGAAGUGGCCAAACUGGUGUCUCCCAUGACCAUGGUGCCCAUGUCUGGCUGCCUAACGUUUCACUAUCAGCGCAGCGACGAGGGAGGGAACCUCUUCUCUGUUUACACCCGUGACCGACUGGGUCAGUACCAGGAGCUGUGGAGGGCGGAGCCAGAGACCUCCAGUGACUGGAGUGGGACACAAGGAGAGUGGACACCUGUGCAGGUGGACCUAAAAGCGCCGUACUCCGUGCAGGUGCUUUUCGAGGUGUCCUUCAAUAGCCCAAGAGGCGGGCACGUUGCUGUUGAUGACAUUUCAUUUUCGUCUGAGUUCUGCAGCUCAGACACAGACCCGACCUUUGACGCCUCCAUUGCCAACUGUGACUUUGAGUCAGAUUUGUGCCAGUACACACAAGACCAGAGGACAGGAUCAUUGUGGAGGAGAGUGUCUGUAAAACCCAAUAUUUUUAGAAACGGGGACCACACGUCUGGAGCAGGGACUUUCUUGUUGGCUCACUCCCAGCUGAACACACAGUCCAGCUACAUGAGUCGCUUAGUCAGUCCGACACUGGCUGCAAACAUGAAGUACUGCCUACGAUUUUACUUCUCUUUGAGAGGAUUCAACCAGACGGACCAAGCCCUUGAGGUUUAUCUUCAACAGGGCAGCAGCGAGGAGAGGAUCUGGAGUCAGGGGGAGAAGUCCAGAGGAAUCUGGAUAGCAGCAGACGUGACCUUCCAGACAUCACAGCCUGCCAAGGUGGCUUUUGUCAGCACCUGCAGGAGCCUGUGGGACUGCGGCUCUGUGGCUCUUGAUGACAUCACCAUGAGCCUUGGAGACUGUGAGUUGGUGACAGGAAUGUCGUCAUCACUUCCAGGAUGUUGUGACUUUGCAGCAGGCCUGUGUGGUUACACUCAGGACAAGCAGACUGAUGCUGCUGACUGGGAGUGGAGGAGAGGGCCCACCCCAACCUCAUACACUGGACCCAGAGGAGAUCAUACCAGUGGACUCGGAUACUACCUGUACAUGGAAGCAUCUCCCAUGCUGCCCGGCCAGACUGUCCGCCUGCUGUCCCGCCCUCUCAGGGGCUCGAGGGGGCCUCGGUGUCUACGCUUCUUCUACCACAUGUACGGAUCGAGCACAGGCCAGCUCAGUGUUCACCUACAAAGAGACGGAGGAGACAUUUUGUUGUGGCAACAAAGCGGCGAGCAGAGCAUCGCCUGGCUGAGGGCCACAGUGGAGUACCAGAAUGACAGCCAACAUCAGAUUAUGUUUGAAGCAACCAGAGGUUCAUCAGUCAGGAGUGACAUCGCCAUCGAUGACAUCGUCUUUGAGGGUGGACCUUGUCCAGCAACAGAGACUAAAGCCCCCGUGGCGACAUUCAACGUAAUCGAGUAGAGGGAAAACAGCAAGCAGCAUCAGGCAGGAUGAAUUUUUUUUUUUUGGUACAUUUCAGUGGACACUUAAGGCUUUUUAACUGCCCACUCAAACAUUCUGUCACAUUCAUGUAGGUCUUUUUCUAUAGAGCAUCAUUGUAAACAUUCCUGCAAUGUAACGGCAGAGUGUUACCGCUGUAUUUUUUAAAAAUUUCUUCACAUUUAUAUGCAUUAGAUUAAUGCUCAUUGCUCAAAUAAAGCUACAGGGUUGUGAUUUUGUUAAGUUUAUGUCCUUUUUUUGUG